UGACAAGCCUAGGCCUAUACCUCAAACUCUGCAUUUAAAUUUCCACCCCAAAUUUCUACAAUAAUUAUAAACACUGCAUUAUACUCCGUAUUCGACAAUUCAUCGUUCUUCCAUAUCCAUCUAUCAGGUAUUUCCUUUUCUACUCUCCAUCCUCAGUCUUAGCUGCUUCAGCUUCCAAACUUAACAAGAAUUCUCUAACAAUAAUUAGGUAUCAGUUCAUUUGGCAGUUGUUUUUAUCGUUAAUACCUUCUUAGAUGGUUGGAAUUUCAGAAUCUGAAACGCUACUCAACAGAUUUUCUGUUAGACCAAUAUUUCAAAAGGUGUGUACGAAGCACCACCCAGCAGAUCUUAUUUUCACGUACUAGAUGAGAUUUUCUUGGUUAAAUUUAUUUCAACUUUACUGUUUUAUACAGAGUAUAUAUAUUUACGACAGACUGAUUUGACUGUAUAUUUUCUGUUUUUUAAUACAUUUUUUUCAAAUUUUAGAAUUAUUAUCAGUACCUAUUACAUCAAAAGUUCUAUUUCAAUUUUAGAUGCUUAUUAUCUUUUAUAUACGGGGUAAGACUUUUGCAUUCCUUCCAGGUCUGAGGUUAAAGGAUGUAUAAUGGGGCAAUUUGAUAUCUGGUGUGGAAAUAGUGAACUUUUUUGGUCAUUAUAAUAAACUACGUAUAUAGAUUUAGAAAAGCUUGGUUUUUUUUAGAGAAAAGGUUCAAAUGAGGCCUUCUACUAUUAUGAAAUAGUCACAUAAGUCCAUGUACUCAAUAAAGUGUCAUAUAAGUACCUCUACUUGUAAAAAGCAAUCAAAUGAGUCCUAAUGACCUAUUUAACACCUCCUAAUCUCGAUUUUAGCUUACAUGUCGAUUUUUUUGACUUGUAUUUCAACCAAUCUUAGUUAAAUAUUCGACAUAUGCCGUAUAAUGUAUUCUAAAAAGAUGGUCAGAAGUACGUUGAAACCGGGAUUAAGAGGUGUUAAAUAGGUCAUUAGGACUCAUUUGAUUGCUUUUUACAAGUAGAGGUAAUUAUAUGACACUUUAUUGAGUACAUGACCUUAUGUGACUAUUUCAUAAUAGUAUAAGGCCUUGUUUGACCCUUUUCUCAUUUUUUUAUUGAGAACCAACCAGAGAAUAUUAUUAAUAUUGCUAUAGUUAGUCUUUUGCAGUACUUUGCACAUUUUAUUGAAAACAAAUAAAUACGAUCAGUUAAAGAAAAUAAAAAAUACGAAGUAUAUUUGAUGGAUACUUUAACAAAACAACAUGAAACCCUUGAGGCAAGGCCCAUCUGCCUUUGCCACAAGAGAGGCUGCUUUUCAUCACUCUUGCUUUUUCUUCGGUUGGCGUGAAAUUCAGCAAAGAAAAUGGCAUUAUUAUAUAUAGAAGAUAUAUAAAUUAAUAAAUACCUCUCCAAAUGGUAUAUUAGACUAUUAGUAUGUUCAGGGCUAACACCAAGUAUCUCCUACUUCACUAGUGGAAAUAAUUUAAGUUGAUGCGUGGAGUAUUAGUGGUUCCAUUGUAAACUAUCUCUGGUUAUCCAUGUAUAUGUUUGGCUACAUAAUUUUUGUAUUUCGAUAACUCUUUUCAAAAUUUUGCUAGGUUUGCUAAGUGAGGGCUAAUGGGUAAGAAUGUAAGAUGCUUGUAUCAAGAAACUUCAAAAGUUUCUCUUUUUCCCCUCAUUCACUUUUGAAGUUGUGUAAUACUGUUCGCUGUUGGCACGCCCUUUGUCGUACACAAUGCUACAUUCUGAAAAUAAAAAACAAAUUCUUUUCUUGCCGUUUUAUUUAAUUGUCCUAUGAAGUAUGAAAACUGUAGGCACGUUGCUUCCUUGUGCCCAACCCACUUCACUUACCCACAUUCAGUUCAGUUUGCUAAGAAUGGGGUUCUACCUCACCUCUAAAGCACUCACUUAUGCUUUAGAAACUUUAUGAACUUAAAGAAACACAAAAUGUGAAGAACAAUGAUCGGGAAAAGUUGUGUUAUUUAAUGUUUGAAAGGUUGAGAAUGAAGGUAAAAGAACAUUAUGCAAAAUGAGAACCUUUGUAGAUUUGAACCUUUGCAGAUUUGUAGUGAAACCAUGGUAGAGUCGAUUUUUUUCUUAAUUCUAUUUCCAUGAAAGAAAUCACUUUUUUGCCUAUGGAGUGCAUAUUGGAAUCUUUACGUGCAUCCUAAUUUUCUUUUGCUUUUAGUGAGCACAAAAAUGUGCAAUAUGACAUGGUCAAGGCACUAAAUGCAUGGGGAGAUGACAUCACCUCGCUCGUCUGGUUAUGUAGAUCCUGGUUGGGAACACGGUGUAGCCCAAGAUGAGAAGAAAAAGAAAGUAAGAUGUAAUUAUUGUGCGAAAGUAGUUAGUGGUGGGAUAUACAGAUUAAAACAGCAUUUAGCCCGCCUCUCGGGUGAAGUGACUUAUUGUGACAAGGCUCCUGAAGAAGUUCGUUUCAAAAUGAGAGAAAAUCUAGAAGGAUGUCGUUUCAGUAAAAAACCUAGACGUGUUGAAUAUGAUGAACAGACAUAUAUGAAUUUCCACGGCAGUGAUUAUGCAGAAGAGGAGGAUCAUAUAGGGUACAAGAAUAAAGGUAAACAACUGGCUAACUAUAAUGACAAGGGUUUGGUUAUAAAUUUGACACCCCUGAGAUCACUAGGCUACAUUGAUCCGGGAUGGGAACAUGGUGUUCCCCAGGAUGAGAGAAAAAAAAAAGUAAAAUGCAACUAUUGUGAAAAAAUAGUGAGUGGGGGUAUAAACCGUUUUAAGCAACAUAUAGCAAGAAUACCAGGGGAAGUUGCACCUUGUAAAAAUGCUCCUGAAGAAGUGUAUCUUAGGAUAAAAGAGAAUAUGAAAUGGCACCGAACAGGGCGAAGGCAUAGACGACCUCACACUAAAGAAUUAUCGGCCUUCUAUAUUAAUAAUUCAGAUAACGAAGAAGAUGAUGAAGAUGAGUAUGAAGAUCUUGAAGAAGAUACAGUGCAGAAUAUGAGCAAUGAAAAAUAUUUAGUGGGAGAAAAUAAAAGAGUUGAGAGCGACUCAAGGAGGCAUUUUAGAGGGGCAUUGCCUGAACCAUUAACAAAAAGGUCAAAGUUUGGCACAUAUGGGGCAACACCAAAGGCACUCAUUCCUCAAACUCCUAUUGGGAAAGUAAAGGCAGGUUCUGACAAAAAGGCCUUCAAGGAGGUUAUGUCUGCAAUUUGUAAGUUCUUCUAUCAUGCUGGAGUUCCUCCUCAUGCAGCGAAUUCUCCCCAUUUCCAUAAAAUGUUGGAGUUGGUUGGUAAUUAUGGACAGGAUUUUGUAGGCCCUUCCAGCCAAAUGAUAUCUGGAAGGUUUCUGCACGAUGAAAUUGCAGCUAUAAAAAACCAUUUUACUGAGUAUAAAUCUUCUUGGGCAGUCACAGGCUGUUCUGUUUUGGUAGAUAGUUGGAAAGAUACACAGGAUAGGACAUUAAUCAAUAUUUUAGUUUCCUGCCCCCGUGGUAUGUACUUUGUCUGCUCUGUUGAUGCAACUGAUGUUAUUGAGGAUUCAAUGCAUCUAUUCAAGCUUCUUGAUGGAGUAGUCGAAGAGAUGGGUGAGGAAAAUGUCAUGCAGGUGAUCACUCAGAAUACACCAAGCUAUCAAGCUGCAGGAAAGAUGCUUGAAGAAAAAAGGAGGCAUUUGUUUUGGACACCUUGUGCUUCAGAUUGUAUUGAUCGAAUGCUUGAAGAUUUUUUGAAGAUAAAAUGGGUUGGAGAAUGUAUAGAGAAAGGACAGGAGGUCACGAAAUUCAUUUAUAACCGACUUUGGUUGUUAAGUCUAAUGAAAAAAGAAUUUACAGGGGGGCAGGAACUUCUAAGACCAUCUUUCACCAAAUUUGCUUCAAGUUUUACCACCGUCCAGAGUUUGCUGGACCACAGGAAUUGUCUUAAGAAAAUGUUUCAAUCAAACAAAUGGCUCUCAUCUCGAUGUUCAAAGUCAGAUGAAGGCAAAGAGAUUGAAAAAAUUGUUAUGAAUGCUUCAUUUUGGAGGAAGAUGACGUAUGUGAGGAAAUCAGUUGACCCUAUCUUGGAAGUUCUUCACAACAUCAAUAACAAUGAAAGCCAUACGAUACCUUUUAUCUACAAUGAUAUGUACAGAGCAAAACUUGUGAUUAAAGCUAAUCAUAACGAUGACGUGCGUAAGUACCAACUCUUCUGGGAUGUGAUAGACCGUCAUUGGAAUAUUUUAUCUCACCACUCGCUCUACCUGUCUGCCUACUUUUUGAAUCCUUCAUACCGGUAUCGUCCUGAUUUUAUCCCGCAUCCAGAGGUUGUACGUGGGCUGAACGCAUGUAUUGUUAAAUUGGAAGCUGACAGUACCCGAAGAAUUUCUGCUUCUAUGCAGAUAUCUGAUUUCAAUGCUGCUAAAGCUGAUUUUGGGACUGAUUUGGCAAUUAGUACCAGAAUGGAGCUGAAUCCAGCUGCAUGGUGGCAACAGCAUGGGAUAAAUUGUUUAGAGCUACAGCGCAUAGCUGUACGAAUACUAAGUCAAACUUGCUCAUCUUUUGGGUGCGAGCAUAACUGGAGCAUUUAUGACCGAGUUCAUGAUCAAAGGCAUAACUAUUUGGCGCAGAAAAGGUUGAAUGAUGCGAUCUAUGUCCAUUAUAACCUGCGACUUAGAGAACGACAGAGGAAAGUGUCCAAUGAUCCCAUUGUACUUGACAGUGUGCUGCAAGAAAGUUUAUUUUAUGACUGGAUUGUAGGGUCAGACAGACAAGUCCUUCAAGAAGAUGAGGAAGGUCUGUACAGUGAAAUGGAACCGGGUGAAUAUGAUGAUAAUGAUUUCAUGGAGCACGAUGGUGGUGGAAAUGGGAUGGAGAUGGCGACACUAGCUGGUGCUGCUGGAUCUCUGGAAGUUCAUCAUUGGAGAACAGACGAAGAUGAAGAAGAUGAUCUCAAUUUUCUAGAUGAUGACAUCAGUGAUUAGAAUCUCAGUCUAAAACCAACAGACUUCAUGAAAUCAGUUUUCAGGCAUGAAUUGAUGAAACUCAAAGAAAAUUGAGACUAGAAUCUGGAAGCAGCCGCCCACUCAGAGGAAAAAGAAACAUGCAACUUGGGGUAGCUAUUUUUGAGAGGCUAUAAAUCAGCCAGCAGCCUCAUACCGAGGAGUAAUAGAAUCUUUUCUGGGUUUGUGCAAGGAGGAUUGUGAAUUCAUUUUUGUGCUAUACUGAAUGUAAACUUUUUCUUAAAAUGGAAGAAAGAGGGGCGAUGAAUAGAUGGGGUUAUUUUGUUGUAAGUAACCCUUUUUGAAGGGAAAAAGCACAUUACAAUUACAUUUGACCUCUCACUUACAAUGCUGCACUUCUUUACCCAAACUUUUGGCAUUCUAGGUCUCCUAUCUUUUGGGAAAGUUCCCGAAAUAGAAGUAUAUAGUUUUCAGAAUUUCAAAAUAUUA